AAAUUGGACCGUUCAUGCCGAGGUUCAUGCCGAUCAGUGAAAUCAAAAGCUGAAACAUAAUUUUUUUUGUCCGAAAAAAAAACAAGAUUCCAAGUGGCUGCGAUGCCAAGGAAAAACCCAGUUUAUAUCCUCGAAGACAUAUGCUUAAGACAUAAGCUUCCUGAUCCCAAAUACGAAGAUAUUACCAACGAAUUCGACGAAUACUACGAAUAUUCUGUUGAGGCAUUUGGAAGCGUAUCAACUGGAAAGGGUGAAUCUCGUAAGGUUGCGAAACAAAAGGCUGCGGAAAAUCUGCUAAAACUGGCAAAGUCAGACUUUCUGCCAGAGGAUAUGAAUUCAAAUAAGCUACAACAGGAAGGAAUGAUCGGAAUGAUCAAUUAUGUUGGGGCUGUGUAUGAAGAAUGCAUGAAGUCUAAGCUCCAGCUACCAGUCUUUGAUAUCAUUACGCUUCCGUCAAAACCAAACAGGGUUAAAUUUAAAUGUACCUGCACAGUUGGGAAUGUCAAAGAGGAAGCAGAGGGUUAUUCAAAAAAGGAAGCCAAGCAAGCUGCUGCAUACGCAAUGAUGAAUCGUUUAUCUUUCAAGCACCAGAGUGCCAUCAAGCAUCUUGACCCUCUUGGCCCAGGAUCCACCAGCGAAAUCUUUCUGAAUAUUAACCCGGAGCAGUACGAUUCAGCCAAACGUCUCCUGAAGAAUGCUCCGUCCACAUGCGACCAUCGACGUUGCCUGGAAGAUGUCCUGCAAACUUUGGGGCUCUCAUACAACUUUUAUCAACAUGCAGAAGAUGUCGGCGGAAAGAAGGUGUUUGAAUUGAAAUACAGUGCAAUUUAUGUUCAGAUAAAUGAGGACAGUACCAGCAUGUACAUUGAAGCCCUGAACUUCCUGCGCGAAUUGCUUCAAUUAAACUAAAUUCUUUUCAUUCCCCAAAAGAUCAAAUGUCGUCUAAGAUACCAAUACUCGUAUCGUAAUUUGCUUGAAUUUCUCGUUUCAUUCUCGUUUUAUCAUCAUACAUUUAACUAUAUUAUAAAUGAAAAGAACUUUUCAUUACGAAUUUGAAUUAAAAUAAGCAUUUUUCAAAAUUAGUUUUACGGAUCGCCUUGGAUUUUUUUUUAAAUGUCUUAAUGUACUUUAAAAUGAAGUUGAAAUAAAUGUUACGAGCAAUA